AUGAACGUAACCAACAGAGGGGAUAAAAGAUCAAGAAUCCUGAAAAUUCCAAGAAACGGAUCUCCUUGUAGAAAGGUCCUACUGCUGAAGCUGCAAAAUGCAUACAUCAUGCUCAUCGACAAAGGGCAAUUGUGGAGGCUGGUCACAUCUUCCUUUUUACAUGCAAAUGUUGGGCACCUAAUGGUUAAUUGUUAUUCUUUAAAUUCAGUUGGUCCUACCAUGGAGAAGAUCAGUGGUCCUAAUAGAUAUCUUGCACUCUACUUCGCCUCUGCAAUUGCAAUGGUUUCGAGAAAAUCAGGUUCAGCGAUGAGUUAUUGGUUCAGUGAGGCACCUGCAGUUGGUGCAUCAGGGGCAGUCUUUGGAUUAGUUGGAUCUCUUGCUGUCUUCGUCAUGAGGCAUAGAGGUCUGGUUGGACGUGGCAAAGAAGAUCUACAGCACAUAGCACAUGUAAUUACCGUAAAUAUGACAGUUAAAGGUCAGAAAUUUGGGCAUCUAGGAGACACCAACUAG